GACGCUCGUGAAGGGUGGGAUCCGGCUAGGGGUCCGAGGCAGAGCACGCAUCCGGGUGCAAACCCUGCAAGGCGCGCUGAGCCUUGCAGCUCGAGCCUCACCUAGAAGAGGAAGGUUCCGAUCCAAAGCGCCUGGGAAGGUCCCCCGCCACCCCAUCCCCCGCCCCUCUGCAGGGCUUGGGAGCCGCGCCGGAGUCCCCGGCAGGGGCCGCUGCAGCCCCGAGGAGGGGCCCGAGCGCUGCGCCCCGGCCUGCGGGUUCCGCCCCGCGCCAGCUCGCUGUCUCAGCCCACCCUGGGAAUCAGUAGCACUGAAGACCCCAGAUGCGAGCCCUCCAGACGGCCCCGAGGAAGCUGGUUUCCCAGCUGUUCUGUGGACUGAAGCCUUCCACGGCCACAAGAGCCCAGAUUUGCCCGACGAUGACUCGUCCAAGUUCAAACAUGGCCGACUUUCGGAAGCUCUUCGCCAAGGCGAAGCACAUCGUCAUCCUCUCGGGGGCUGGCGUCAGUGCGGAGAGCGGGGUUCCCACGUUCAGGGGCGCCGGGGGCUACUGGCGGAAGUGGCAGGCGCAGGACCUGGCCACGCCGCAGGCCUUUGCCCGGAACCCGUCCCAGGUGUGGGAGUUCUACCACUACCGGCGGGAGGUGAUGCUGAGCAAGGCGCCCAACCCCGGGCACCUGGCCAUCGCCGAGUGUGAGGCCCGGCUGCACAAGCAGGGCCGGCGCGUCAUGGUCAUCACCCAGAACAUCGACGAGCUGCACCGCCGGGCCGGCACCAAGAACCUUCUGGAACUCCACGGUAGUUUGUUUAAAACUCGGUGUACCUCUUGUGGCGUCGUGGCUGAGAAUUAUAAGAGUCCGAUCUGUCCAGCAUUAGCAGGAAAAGGGGCCCCAGACCCCGAUGCCCAGGACGCCCGGAUUCCAGUGGAGAAUCUUCCCCGGUGUGAAGAGGCCGGCUGCGGGGGCUUGCUGCGGCCUCACGUCGUGUGGUUUGGUGAAAACUUGGAUCCGGUCGUUCUGGAAGCGGUUGACACAGAACUGGCCCUCUGUGACUUGUGCCUUGUGGUGGGGACGUCCUCGGUGGUUUAUCCUGCCGCCAUGUUUGCCCCCCAGGUGUCGGCCCGUGGAGUGCCUGUCGCCGAAUUUAACACGGAAGUCACCCCGGCCACCGACAGAUUCAGGUUUCAUUUCCAGGGGCCCUGCGGCACAACCCUCCCAGAAGCCCUGGCUCCUCAUGAGAGUGAAACAGCUUCAUAACUGUUCCAGGGAAGGAAGAUAUACUUGGGCCCCAGAGGAAUAACCAUCUUGUGGAGAACAAGCUGAAUACUGGAAGAUCUAAGAACUGCCUGAUUCACUGCUGAAAUCCAAACGUGUUGCUGCUAAGUGAUGUGAGAGGCCUGGGAUGGAACCUGGGGAUGUAUCUCCUUGGUCCCACUCUUUUUUUUUUUUAAAGAAAUAGAGAAGACACGCAAAUUUUGGGCCAUGUGUACAAGUCACAUCUCUUAAUAAAUCACAAAGAUUUUUUUGUUUGUUUGGGGAGGGGCCUCACCCAGCAGUGCUCAGGGCUUACUCCUGGUUCUGUGCUCAUGGUUCACUCCUAGUGGUUGCUGAGAACAAGUGACUUGUUGUGAUAAAGAUUCCACUGAAGUGAGAGCUCGGGCUGGAGCGAUAGUUCAGCAGACAGGGCUCUUGUCUUGCAAUGUAGCCAGCCUGGGUUCAGUUCCCGGCACCCCAAAUGAUCCCCCUGAGCUUUCAGGAGUGAUCCCUGAGUGCAAAGCCAGAAGCAAGCUCUGAGCACUGCUGGUUGUGACCUCAGAACAGCACCAAAGACCUGGAGGUAAACUUUGGGAUGUAAAAUAUUCUUCACUUUCAAUAGGUUUGUUGGGAGGGAGGCAUCUGGAGGUUUAACCAUGCACGUUUCUCCCAUGUUUGCAGUGAUGAAAGUCAGCACUAUCUCAGUCUGAUUUUAUUUUCAUUUUGCAAUUCUUCUCUGACCAAGGUCCAGAUAGCUCAGACCGUUCUGGGCAAUUCCUCCCAUCUGCACCUUUGGCUCCAGUAGCAUAUUUAGUUUCUGUGUUUCCUCAUCCUUUAUUUCAUUGUCCAUAAAUUAGCAGUGGAUUGUAAAUCAGAGAAGAUAGAAAGGAGAAUUGUAGCACUAUA